ACCUCAGGGCUGCGCAGGCUCUUUUCCGGCGCAGCCUAGAGAGUAGGGAGAGCAGUUUCCUUCCUCAAGUUAGAAGGCAGGCAGCAAGAUGAGCUUAGCACCAGCAUUUCUGAGCGCGGAGGAAGUUCAGGGCCACCUCCGCAGCUCCAGCCUCCUCAUCCAGCCUCUGGAGGUGGCUCUGGCGAACUUCUCCAGCGGGCCACAAGGAGGGGUCACGCAGCCGGUGCGCACUGUGGUGCCGGUGGCCAAGCACAGGGGUUUCCUGGGGGUCAUGCCUGCCUACAGUGCUGCAGAGGACGCUUUGACCACCAAGUUGGUCACCUUCUACGAGGGUCACAGCACCACCUCCACUGUCCCCUCCCACCAGGCCACUGUUCUACUCUUUGAGCCAAGCAAUGGCUCCCUUCUGGCGGUUAUGGAUGGAAAUGUCAUAACUGCAAAGAGAACAGCUGCAGUGUCUGCUAUUGCCACCAAGUUUUUGAAACCACCCAACAGUAAAGUGUUGUGUAUCCUUGGGGCUGGGGUCCAGGCAUACAGUCAUUAUGAGGUCUUCACAGAGCAGUUCUCCUAUGAGGAGGUGAGGAUAUGGAACCGCACCAAAGAAAAUGCUGAGAAGUUUGCGGACACAGUGCAAGGAGAAGUACAGGUCUGUUCAUCAGUCCAGGAGGCUGUGACAGGUGCGGAUGUGAUCAUUACAGUCACCAUGGCAACAGAGCCCAUUUUGUUUGGUGAAUGGGUGAAGCCAGGGGCUCACAUCAAUGGGUCUGUUUGCUCUUUCUCAGCUAUCGGAGCCAGCAGGCCUGACUGGAGGGAGCUGGAUGAUCAGCUGAUGAAGCAGUCUGUGCUGUAUGUGGAUUCCCGGGAAGCGGCCCUUAGAGAGUCUGGAGACAUUCUCCUGUCCGGGGCUGAGAUCUUUGCUGAACUGGGAGAAGUGGUGAAGGGAAUGAAGCCAGCCUACUGUGAGAAGACCACAGUGUUCAAGUCUUUGGGAAUGGCGGUGGAAGACACUGUUGCAGCCAAAUUAGUGUAUGAUUCCUGGUCAUCUGGUAAAUAAAACGAAGCAAUGUUGUGUUAAACGUGGAUGCUGCAGCUCAAGGGGUGUUGCCUCCAGUUGUCUCAUAAUUUCUAAAUCAAAAGAGGGAACCCUGUGCACAGUGAUUUAUAGUUUUGUGCUCAUCAUGUCUUAUCUUAAAUAAUGAGAUCCACAUUUGUGUUUGUAUUUAGUGAAAUUAGGUGGCCAUCCCUUCUUUUAUGCCAUAUUACAGCAACACUUGCCUUUCCAAGUAUUUCAUGGGUUUUUGUUAUUUCUGGAAAUAAAGCAAUUUUCCACUUCUGCA